AUGGCUCACAGCGUACACUCUGCAUCAGCUUCACUGGUUCUUGGUACCACUACCACAAUCGCGGGUACCAUCAUCACAGGUUUGAGGGCCACUGGCCAACCUAAACGAGCUCACGAUCGCUGCAAGCGACUUGACAAGAUCAUCGAUCAUAUCACCCGACUGUACUACGAGUUUGGACAAAACGGACCUACUCAUCCCGGUUUAAAUGGUUCAGGAGCAGUAGACGAGAAUGGAGUGAUUGAACGUGCAAUCGAAGCAACUUGGAAGAUGAUUGACGAUGAGGAGGCUCAAGCGGAACUCGAAGAACGAAAGUUUGUACCGUUUGGAUACUCCACUGGUGGGAUGAUUCCAUCUCCUGUGGAUAUAGGAGGGAGUGAAGUCUCUAGAGGACUUGGUGGGAAUAAAUUUACGAUCGGAAAGAAACUCCACCUAGUACAAAUUUUCAGGAAAGAUGCGAUGUGCUUUGAUCGUCCUUUCCAUUUCGCAAUGUUUGUCCAUCACCCUACUAUAUCUCCAGAACCAAUGCGGACAGUUUUAUGCUAUUUCUUCGAGAACGUUUUUUGGGUGGUUAUCUUGGUCAUCAUCCGGGUCAAAGGAGUGUCAGAAUAUGCCGCAGCCAGCAGUUACGGAUACGGCCUGUGA